UCCAACGCUUUUCCCACUCUGUUUUCCUCUCACAACAAACAACGGCUCGAAAAUUGGAUUUAAUCUCAUAAAUGUUGUAAUUCGUACCGACCUGGAUGAAGAUGACAGACAGAAGGAACAUCCAGAAACUCCCUGAAAGAAAGGGGGCUGCUGAUUGGACGACAUGAGAAAGAGUAACUUUCUGGGUUUCCCCUCCUUCAACAUCAGAGAUCUGCUCCGACCCAAAGAGCCUCAAGUCUCCCUCAGGACGAUGGAUGGUGUGAACGAGGUCGGGGAGGUGAUGGUGUCCCGUCUGCAGAUUGAGGAAGAAACUCCUCCGGAUCACAAGUGUCUUUCGCUGUGUGACAGUUUUCACACCUCCAUCCACGACAAAGAAAACAGUCCAAUGAUGAGAGCAGUGUUGUGUUCGCAGGUGUGUAAGGUGUACAGGUUUCAGACGGAGGAUCGAAGAUGGCUGCUGGUGCGGGAACAGAUGUCCGAAACGCCGCUUUCUUUCUCGUUACCCAAACAGCUUCUGAGCCUGCUCAUACGCUGCCAUACAAGCAGGGUGCAGGAGGUGAUGGAGCUCGGUGACCUUUCACCCCACUUGGACAGGCUACGCCAUGAUGUCAUCUGCCACUGCAACCACCUGAUUGGCUGUUACCAGGAAACACUCGCUGACCUCAACAACCUCUCAGCGUCAUCCAGUUUUAAGUCGAGCUGCAGUAAAUCAGACCGACAACUUCAGUUUGUUCCCACCAACCUCCACGCUCAGAGGAUGGAGGUCACCGAGCCCGACAGCACAGGAGGUGUUUGGUAUGAAGUGAUCACCUUUGGAGCUCCAGCUGAUCAUCAUCAGGGCUUCAAACAUGGAGGACUGAAGAGGCUGCUCAGCAAACACACACACCUCAGAGACAGCGUUGUGUCUUACUCCCAGGAGGAGAGCUCCAGAGCCAGGGAGCUUCUGGCUAACGUUGCCCAGCUGCAGCCUCUCAUUUUCGGACUCGCUGAGGAGCUGCUCUCCGUCUCUCUGGAGCAAAACAACACCCGACUGCAGCCGGUGCUCCACUGCCUCACGCAGCAAACGAAGCAGUUUGUCCACGCUUUAAAAGACGAGCUGGUGAAGAGCGCCUUGAUAGCGAGCCACGACCAUAGCAACCUAUGUGAAAACUCAACAGCCAAUCAGGAGGGGGCGUCGACACCGGGGCAACAGGACGCCUGGCAACAGGAGGCAGAUUACGACGAGGAGGAAUGGGACAGGGCGUGGGCGAAUGUCGGCAUGAGCCUCAACUGCAUCAUCGCCAUGGGUGACCGGCUGCUGGGGAAAGAGGAAGUGACAUCAUCAGAGAACCAAGAACCAGAUCACUCCCAGAACACCGCCUCCUGGCAGGAGCAGCUGCUCCCCCUGGUGGUGACUCUGAGGGACUGUGUGAGGGAGGCGGAGCUUAAGGCCCGCGUUGCCAUGGCGUUCGUGAUGAUGCAGGCGGCGGCGGCCAUGACGGUUUCUGAGGGAACGACAAACAUCGUGCAGCGACGCCACGCCGCGUUCAGCCAGGCGCUGUCGGCCUUGGUGUGUGGUUUCGUGUUGCGUUUGUUCUCAGCUCUGCAGGAUCAGGACUUCCUGCAGCAGCUGAUCUCUGCCGGACUCCUGGUGCAGUUUGAAGCUCUGCUCAGCACCUACGGUGAGGAGGUGGGCAUGCUGGAGGACAUGGAGGUGUGUGUUUCCGAUCUGAGCCGAGUGACGUUCACCAUCAUCGAAGCAAAGAGCGAAGAACCAGAAGAUCUGCUGCCAACACUGAGAGGAGAAUGGGUCAGUCUGGUGGUCGAGGUGCCGUUGCCUCCGGAGACGUUUCGCUCGUUGCCGCAGGAAGUGAGAGACGGACGUUUGAUCCGGGUUCAUCCGGUCCUCUUUAACAUCGGAAUAAACCAGCAGCAGAGUCUGGCUGAGAGGUUUGGGGACAGCUCUCUGCAGGAGAGAGUGAACCAGCAGAGCUGCGAGCGUCUGAGAGUUUACUGCAACACGCUGAGAGACACGCUGCCAGUGACGGCUGGUGUUCAGUCUCUGUCGGACUUGUUGUCGUCUCUUGAACGCUGCGUGGAAACAAAGAAGAGGAAAAACGUGGAGGUUCUCUGGAUCGCUGCGGCGGUGUGUCGUUCUGUGCGAGGUGUGCGUCUCACCAGCUGUAAAAGUGCGAAGGACCGCACGGCGAUGUCAGUGACUCUGGAGCAGUGUGUGUUACUGAGAGAGAGACACACACUCUGCAACACACACUUCAGCACCGCACUGCACUGCAUGAGGAGGGCCGGCUGCAGGAUGGAGAACGUUCAGAAGAACAUCGGCAGCAGGAAGUUCGCCUUCAGCGGCGUUCAGCUGCUCACUUUCCCCAAACUGUACCGCCCUCCCGAGGGAAGCUUCGGAUAGAAACUCUGACCGUUACUUUAUUUAUGUACAGAUACUCUUAUAGAUCAUGAGAUGUUUGUUUUAUCUUGUAAAGUGUGUGUUGUUGUUUUAUAUAUUUGUAUGUCAGUGUCCCUCUGUGCAGGCGUUGUUUCUGAAUUAAAUGAAUACUUGAUUUCAUCUGA